AUGCCAGCUUCAACCAUCCCAGCCACCCUAGCUUUCUUCUUGGUGGUGAGGUGCAACAUCAAUUCACAACUUCCUGGAAGCCAAUUUGCCGCCAUCAGUCUCAACCAACAACUUCUCUCUAGCUUUGUAUCAACUGGAUCGGCUUUUGUGACCCUGAAUUUUGAAGCAAGUGGUAAUACUGCUACAGGUACAAAACCCAAGAGAAAACGGGUCCAACCUGAUGAGGACAUCAAACAAUGGAAUCAACUUUGGGACAAAGCCAGCAAUCCCUUUGUUGCUUCCAAAGACCAGGAGAAACCAAUACCUUCAUCUCAGCAACCUGUGCCCCUCAAAAAACAACCCUUCUACUACUUUGUUCCUCCUGCCCGUCAACAUGACCCUGAACACAAUGUGAUGCACACCUCACAAGAAAUUCUCUCAUAUUCCUACAAAGGUCGCAACCAUGGCACAGUCAUAAUUGUCCCACAAAACAAGGAAUCAAAAACAAUGGCCCUCACAUGGGUGGAACCAUGUGGGCUGAUGGAUGGCGGAACACUCCAAGGAAUGUUGGUCGCUUUGAUGCAAAAAUCCAACUACGUUGCCAAGGAUGAAGCUGUUGCUGUUAGAGAGGCCAACAACUGGAUCUCUGUUCACCUUCAAGAACUGGCUCCUGGAGUGUACUUGGACUUGUACAAAGUAAUUGGUGUGACCAUGUGUGUGUUCUGGUCCAAAGAUCACCAUCAUCAGACUUUGACUGGGUCCUCCCUGUCUGACAAGUAUACUUGA